AUGUAUAUAAUCAAACGCGAUAUGCACAAUUUAUUUGCUUUAUUUCUAAUUCUUAUUGCAUCAGAAUCAGUGGCCAAAGUUAAAGAUAUUGUCCAGUCUCAUUCAUCUACUGUCGUUGGUGGAACAUUGCUGGUAUCUACUAUUGAUGGUUAUCUCAAAGGAAUUGACUUUCAUAGCGGGGAAGUCAAAUGGUCUUUGAAGGAAGAUCCAGUACUAAUAUCUCCAAAAACCAUUCGACAUGGUUUCACCUUUAUACCAGAUCCGCAAGAUGGUGGUUUAUAUAUAUUGAAAGAUGGCCAGUUAAAGAAGUUGCCAUAUUCCAUUCCACAGCUUGUUGCUGCUUCACCUUGUCGAACUAUGGAUGGUGUUCUUUAUGCAGGAAGCAAGAAAGAUGUGUGGUUGGAGAUUGAUUCAACUAAAGGAAUAAAAUUGGGGGAGUUGUCGCAAUCGCAAACAAAUUCCCAGUGCCCGCUUAAUAAAAAUACCAGUAUUUUGAUUGGAAGAUCAGAAUACAAAUUAACAAUGGUAGAUCCAGAAAAUCGAGAUAGACGAUGGAAUGCAACGUAUACCGAUUAUUCAAAUCAUCUCUUGCCUGCUGACCCUUCAUAUCCGUUUCAACACUUUACGAGUACUGUGGGUGGUCGACUGCUAGCAGUGAAUGCAGCAGAAGGAAGUGUAGCUUGGGAGUUGGAUGUAGGAAAUACUGUGGUUGCAAUGUAUAUACUUCAAAACGAUGGCUUACAUAGAUUACCAUAUACAGUUAUUGGCAAGGAAACAUUGGAGGAGUUUGUAAAGGUAAUACAUUCAAUAAUAUGUGAGAUAAAUUUCAUGAUAUAG